UGUCAACAGUUUAUCCUGGAACCUUCUGGCAUUCUUUGUCUGGUUGGCUCUCACAGCACGCUUAGCCUUCUCAGUGACUCAUUUCUUGAGAAAACUGGACUUGGUUGACUUCUCCCUUACUCAGCAGCUGAGCUGAGCCUGAUUUAUGAGGCCCAGCUCCACCCAAGAGAAGAAAGCAUGGAGUUAGAAAGGCAAAAUACCAAGAAAAAGGAGUUGACGAAGUCACUUCUCCUGCUUACGCUGAUUGUUGUCUCUGGAUCUUUCCAGUAUGGUUACAACCUCUGGAUGGUCAAUGACCCAGAUUCGCUCCAGCAAGACUUUCAGAACAUAACCUAUGAGAAAGAUAAGGCGAAAGUUGGGCCAAACGGGAACAUUCUUAUGUUCCUGUUAGCUGUUACCAUUGCUAUCUUCCCGAUUGGAGCCUUAGUUGGAUCCCUUUUGAUUGGCCUGCUGGUGGAUAGGUUUGGCAGGAAACGUACCUUGCUGAUAAAUGACCUUUUGGCCAUAUUCUCUGCUAUCUGCUUGGGUUGUUCUGAUGUGGUAAAUAGUCAUGGAUUCACUAUCUUUGCACGGUUUGGCACUGGGAUGUGCUCAGGCAUAUUCGACGGUGUUGUCCCAAUGUACCUCGGAGAGAUCUCUCCUGUCAACUGGAGGGGAUGCAUCAACAUUUUGUCCAUGCUCUUUGUCUUGAUCGGCCUCAUGGUGAAUAUGAUCUGUGGACAUCCUCAACUUCUGUGGCUUAAAAAAGGCAAGCCAAUUGUGAUGAGCUUCACUGCAUUUGUGGCAUUAUUGCAGCUUCUCCUACUGCUCCCCUUCCCUGAGAGUCCUAGAUAUCUACUGAUUCAGAAGAAGAAUGAAGAGGAAGCGAGGCAAGCCCUGAAGAAGUUGAGAGACCAGGAUGAUGUGGAGGAAGAGAUGGAAGAGAUUCGUCAGGAGUAUCACUAUGAGAGGGAAGAAAAGCAGAUUAAUGUGUCGAAGCUGCUAUGCUUCAAAAGUCUGAGGCGGCAACUUCUCUGUAUCGUUAUCUUGAAGGCGGGACAGGAGUUAUCUGGCAUCAAUGCAGCAUACUUUUACAUGAGAGAAAUCUUUCUGUCUACUGGGGCAGGAGAGCACAAUUCCUGGUACUCCCAUUUUUCAACAGCUUGUUUCCUGAUCUUCUCACAGGCAUUUGCGAUGUAUGUCAUUGAUUCUUGGGGACGGAGGUUUCUACUUCUCGUUGGCUUUGGGAGCUGCAGCAUCUUGUGCAUUCUGUUAACUAUGACAAUUCAACUCAAGGAUACCAUCUCAUGGAUGCCUUACAUAAACAUGUGUUUUGGCAUUUUGCUAGUUGGUGCACACAUGUUUGGACCGAAUCUAGUUCCCAACCUGAUGAUAACGGAACUGUUCCUUCAAUCAUCCCGCUCCUCAGCCUAUGCGAUUGGUGGAUGUGUGCGUUGGUUUUUCAAUUUUUUAAAUGGAUUUACAAUCCUCCAUGUCUAUAACCAGAUCGGGACCUAUAUCUUCCUUGUAUACUUUCCUUUCAGCGCAGGCUGUUUUUUGUACAUCCUCAAGUUUGUCCCAGAAACUAAGAAGAAGACCUUUCUGGAAAUCAGGAGGCUCAUGGAAAUGCAUAUCGCCAAGGAGAAGCUAGUCAAGGCGGCAGUCCAAUAGAAAUUGGGGAGGUGCUCUGUGCACCGCUGCGGGUUUAAUGAGAUGUUACAGGAACUGCAAGGAGGCCACCAACUUGGGUCUCCCAGAUGCAUCCCCUUGGUAAAGCUUACUAAAAGAAAACUAUAACAUGACAUGAUGGCGAUCAACA